AUGUUAAAAUCGUUUACAGGUACAGCUGGUAAUAAGAGACACAAGGAUGGCAACAGUAGGAAGAGUUCUAUCGUCGAGGGGUUCACGCUGAGCGCGUCCAACAACCUGGGCCGGCUGACGGCGCUGGCGCUGACGCACCUGCUGCUGGCGCCCGGCAGCGCGCGCCUGCCCGCGCACACGCCGCUGCGCCGCGCCGCCGUGGACCUGCUGGGCCGCGGGUUCGCCGUGUGGGAGCCCUACCUGGACGUCAGCCACGUGCUGCUGGGUUUACUGGAGAUGUGCUCGGACGCGGACAAACUGGUCCCGUCCAUGACAUACGGCCUGCCAUUGACUCCUCAAGCGGACUCCUGCCGCACCGCCAGACACGCGCUCACGCUCAUCGCUACAGCCAGGCCGGCCGCGUUCAUCACGACGAUGGCGCGCGAGGUGGCGCGCUGCGCGGGCGCGGCGGCCGGCGCGCCGCCCCCGCCCGCCGCGCUGGCGCUGCACCGCGGCCGCGCGGAGGUGCUGCGCGGCGUCGAGCUGCUCAUCGAGCGCGUGCACGCCGACGUGGCCGAGCUGCUCGUCGAGGUUAUGGACAUUAUCCUGCACUGCGUGGACCAAUCACAUCUCAAGAGUAAAGGUCUGAAUGAGGUAUUCCCCGCGAUCUGUCGCUACAACCAAGUCUCGCACUGCCCUGCGACUAGAAGAAUCGCAGUGGGCAGCCACACGGGCCAGCUCGCCAUCUACGAGCUGCGCGCGGGCCGCUGCCAGUCGCUGGCCGCGCACUCGGGGCCGGUCACCGCCUGCGCCUUCAGCCCCGACGGCCGCUACCUCGUGUCCUACGCCACGGCCGACAACCGACUGUCCUUCUGGCAGAGCACCGCUGGUAUGUUUGGUCUCGGCGCGGCUCAAACUCGCUGCGUAAAAUGCUACAGCACUGCGCCAAUGGCAGACGUGGCUAGACUAAACCCGGCCAGACUAGCCAGACUGGUCUGGACUAAUUCUAGAACCGUCACACUAAUGCUAGCUGACGGUUCUGAAACAAGAUUCAACGUGUAGACAAUAACAAUUAUCGAAAUAUUUUAUCAGAAUAAUAUAUUAAAGUAAAUUAUUACAUGUACUAAUAAAAUUAAUAUAUAUGCAAAUGUUACCCAAUGUAAUGAAAA